ACCAAUCAGCGGGCCGCGUAGCGCUCUUUAAGCCUGACAUAACUUGAACAGGAACAAAUUGUCCCAACAAUCAACAUCCAAAACUCCGGUGCACAUCAGAAGUGGAUAACACCGACUCGGAUUGCUGUGAAACUUUCUUAAACAACAACCAACCUCGCGAAGACGCAAAUACCUACCAGCUGUAAAAGGAUAUCGGUUUUGGUGUGGGGAAUAAAACCUAUCCUACAGACAUUAUGUCAAUGUUGCCUUCCUUCGGGUUUACGCAGGAGCAAGUGGCGUGCGUAUGCGAGGUGCUGCAACAAGGGGGAAAUCUAGAAAGGCUGGGCCGCUUUCUGUGGUCUCUUCCAGCCUGCGACCACCUCCACAAGAAUGAAAGCGUGCUGAAAGCUAAGGCGGUGGUGGCUUUCCACCGAGGGAACUUCAGAGAACUCUACAAGAUCCUCGAGAGCCACCAGUUCUCCCCGCACAAUCACCCGAAGCUCCAGCAACUGUGGCUCAAGGCGCACUACGUGGAGGCUGAGAAACUGAGGGGAAGACCACUCGGCGCGGUGGGGAAAUACAGAGUCCGGAGGAAAUUUCCUCUGCCCCGCACGAUCUGGGACGGCGAGGAGACUAGUUACUGUUUUAAGGAGAAGUCAAGGGGAGUUCUAAGGGAGUGGUACACCCAUAACCCUUAUCCUUCCCCCAGGGAGAAAAGAGAACUGGCGGAGGCCACCGGACUGACCACCACGCAAGUCAGUAACUGGUUUAAAAACAGAAGACAGAGAGACCGAGCUGCCGAAGCCAAAGAAAGAGAAAACAGCGAAAACAACAAUUCCGGCAACAACAAACAGAAUCAACUGUCUCCUCUCGAUGGCGGCAAGUCCCUGAUGUCCAGUUCGGAUGACGAGUUCUCUCCACCGCAAAGCCCCGACCAGAACUCCGUGCUUCUUCUGCAAGGAAACAUGACUCACCCCGGCGGCUCUUCUUACCCUCUGGCAGGCCUCAGCGCCGCACAGUCGGUACACAGCAUCCAAGGACACCCGCACCAGCUCCAAGAUUCGUUGUUGGGACCGUUAACUUCUAGCCUUGUGGAUCUCGGUUCCUAAACACUUAAGAUUUUAUUUCAUUUUUAUUUUUUUAAUGUAAGACAGAGACUGAGAUCCGACACUUUCAAUGUAUAUAAAAUAUAUAUUAUAUAAAUAUAAAAAUUCUAACAUCCCUGAGUUUUCUGAUGUGAAAUAGUAGCAAACCGUGGUACUUAAUAAAUUGACUGACGUUUGUCAAGUCGUUAAAUUGGUCAAAUGGUUCCCGCAAAACACAGUUUUGAUAAAGGCUCUUGUCCGGACUCGGGAUGUGUUUCCCUUCCUGUCCCAUAGUAUAAACUGUAGCUCCCAUUUAAGGCAACGCUUUCAUGGUUCUCAUGAACUCUAAACACAACGGAACACUUGGCUGGGUUUGCCAUUUUGCUUAAUUUAUGAAUACUUUUUUGUUUUUGUUCAGAGUUGAAUUUUUUUUUAGGAAACCUUUGCUAUGGAAACUGGGAUAGAGGUACCGUCCCCACAACCCACAAUUUCACAUUUUCUUCACAAGAUUAGUGUAUCGGCUUCAGCUAGUUUCCAAUAAACAUGACGAAAGGCGAA